AUGUCCGCAAGCAGCUCAAAGGGAAAGGGAAAGGCCGUGAAGGUAGAGGAGGAGCACGUGCACGGGCCUAACUGCUCUCACUCUCACUCGCACGGCCACUCUCACGAGGAGGAGUAUGACCACUUCGAAGGCAGCGAGGAGAUCCAGGACCCCGUCGUGAAGGCGGCCGACAUCGAGGCGGCGAUGGAGACGAGAGAGCACUUCAUGGACGGGGAGGUGCAGCGCGUCCAGUGCUGUGUUAGUGAUAUGGCGGGCAUGUCCGAGUCCGGCCUGGCAGUACACAAAGUCCGCCUCGAGCCCGGACGCGAGUCGACCGUGCUCCACUCCCACCUCGCAGAGAGCGAGUGGCUGUACAUCCUCCAGGGCACUGCGACGCUGCGGCUCGCGCGCCCCGUUGUCGCGGACGAGGGCGACAUUCGGCCGCCGUUUGGUGCCGAGCUGAUCGAGGAGAACAGGGAGGUCUCUGCGGGCGACUUUAUUGGGUUCCCCGCCGGAAACCCCAACGAACGCUGGGCGCACACGCUCCGAAACGACUCGGCCGCGCCCGUCGAGUACCUCCUCGGCGGCACCCGGCUCAACCUCGACGUCAUCUCGUACCCGGCCCACGGCAAGACGCUCGUCACGCACGAGGGAUCCGGCGCAGAGGGCAUGUUCCAGGAUCAGCAGUAA